CCUCGCGCCUGCUAGCCGCAAUGCAAUCUCCACUCGCGCAUUCUCCUGACCAGUCCGCCAUGCAGCGCAGGUAGUCCGUGAAAAGCUGGCCUCCGCCUGCAGACUCUUGCCAGCCUGCUUCCUCGUCCUGCGCGCCCUUCCCGCACACCCCCCGACCGCGCGCCCCCCCAGCCUCGCCCUCGCCAGUGUACAACGCCGUGUCUCGGGCGCCGGCGCAGACACCAUGGCCAACCUGAACGAUGGGCUGCGCACCCAGUACCCGUACGGCGGCCUCAGCCCACGCCCCAUGUACGACUUCCCGUCGCCGACGUCCAACUACCCCUCUGGCAUCCCCGCGACCUCGCCGAGCUUCUUCCCCAUGGCCUACAGCAUCAGCCCGCGCUUUGGCGGUAGUGCCUUCAUCCCGCCCGCCGAUGUCUUUGGGGAUCCCCGCAACGGUUCCACCAGCGACAGUGGGCCCUACACCCCGCGCGCCUUCAAGAAUCGUGGCUCCGGCGCCCUCGGCAGCGACCCCGUCGCAAUGCACCUGCUGGUCGAGACGGCCAUGAUCGACAGCCAGAACUUCGACCUCCUCUCGGUCGAGGAGGUGGACGCGCUGAAGCAGGAACAAAAGGGCCUGGACGCGCGACUGAACACCGUCAGGAAGCGCCUGGAGUCGGAGACCAAGAUUCGAGACGCCGCGCGGUCACUGACGCGCCUCAACUCGCGCGAGGAGAAAGGCCACCGGAGAGGCCUUAGCAGCAGGAGCAGUCCCCCGACCAAGGACACGUCGUCCAGAGGGCUGGAAGAGCUCGAUGCGAGCAACAAGAAGGUGGACGAUCUCACCCGCGAGCUGCUGGAGGUUGAGUCGCGGAUGCGCCUCAUUGACAUGCAGCUGCUGAUGCAUACGGCCGCCGUGUUGCAGCUGACACACAAUGGGCCGAGAAAGCGGAAACAGAACGCCGACAUGGCCAAUGGCGGAGAUCGGCGACCAGACAGCCCUGCGAGCAUAUAUACGUAUGAGAACGAGAGGGCAUUCGGGGGAAGAGAAGACGGAUUCGACGAACGGAGCCUCUACCGGUCACCCGAGAACCUGGACAGCUUGAUGAACGCUCUACAGAACGGUACCCAUCACCACUCGCAUUCCGCAGACCUGCAAAACCGGUCGCUAAGCACCGUGAGCAAGCGUCUUGAAGAGCUCAAUGACCGGGUAAGAGAGCUCAUCAUAGAGGCAAACCCGGAACGGAGCGAGAGGUAUUCUCGCCCUCCGCAAUCUGGAACCACGCCAGACGCCUCAGCACUCGAGCGCCAGCUUGACUUCCUGGACCAAGGCCUUCGGGAUCUCAGCGCUGAGCAGACGGCACUGAAAAGCUCCACUGGUUCUGAUCAAGCGGCGGAGGAGCGGCUGCAAGGGAUCAACAUCCAAAUGUACGCCAUGCUCAACACUUCGGAUUCCAAUGUACCACCACCUGCUGCAGUUAGCGGUAACGGUCUCCAGCAGCAGCUAGAGUACCUAGAAGACUCUUUUUACAGCAUCGAACGGAUGCAGUAUGCUUUGAAUGACCAACUCGACGACUUGCGCGCGGAUGCGGCCACUAAGGAAGGUGUCGAACAGUACGAGUCUACAUUGACUAGGCUUUGGCAGAUGAUCCAGAAGGGCGAGGAGGAAGCACGUGAACGCAAACGCGAACGACGCAGACUACUUGCGGAAGAUCCGGACAACACGGAAGAGCUAUCUCCUGACGAGAGCGACACGGGUGCAGAGACGUUCUCCUUGAUAGCGUUCGAUUCAAAGAUACAAACAAUCUUCCGCCGCGCCAUGUCACUCAAGGACAAGCAGUCGAUAUUGGUUAGACAGAUCAAGCAACAGCGCGAACUUAACAGCAAGUCAGAUGCACAGAGGGAAGAGCAGGUUAACAGGCUGAACGAACAAGUGCUUAGUGCGCGCUCGGAGAAGAACACUAUGGAGGCAGAGCUCGAGCGAGCAAUAAGCCAACUCUCGUCUUUCGAUGAAGCGAAGGUCCAAAACGACAGUCGAGCGCUCCGUGAGGCGGAAGAUCGGAAUAAUGCGCUCGAGACCCAGAUUCGAGAGAUUCGAGAGCGAAGCACUGCGUUUCAAGAUCAAGUUCGCGAUGCGGAAGAGCGGAGCACAGCAUACGAAUCUCAGGUCCGAGAAAUUCAAGAGCGGAGCACGGCAUUCGAAGCUCAGGCUCGCGACGCAGAACAGCGCAGCACAGCAUACGAGGCUCAGCUCCGGGAUGCUCAGGAGCGCAGCAUGAGCUACGAAGCACAAAUCCGUGAAGCGCAAGAACGUACACUCGUUCUCGAAGAACAGCUCAGGCAAGCCCAGGAGCAUUCCCGCGCCGAAGCCGCGACGAUACAAGCUGAACUUGCUCAAUCCACUUCCAAGAUCGACGAAGCAUCCACCGCCCUUCUCGCGGCCACUGCGCAAAAGGAAGCAGCAGAGACCCGCGCCCAAGAAGCCGCCGCCGCGCUCUCCGCCAAGGAAAAAGAGUUGCGCGACCUCGAAGGCGAAGUCGUCCGCCUCACGACAGAACUCACGUUCGCCAAAGCCGAGCUCGACGGCGCGUACGGCACCCGCGCAGAACGCGCCGCUGAAUCUGGCAGCAGCGUCAAGAAAGAAAUUGACGACCUCGCUGCCAAAAACGCUGCUCUCCUCGCCGAGCUCACUGCCCUUCAAAAGCUCUCGGAAGCAGCGUCGCAGUCGGAACAGGAAGCCCGCGACAACGAGCGCAACGUCAAGGCCGAGCUUGCCGCCAUGGCGACCGAGUACGAGGACCUCACGCGCGAUGCAAUUCAGAACGAGAAGGAUCGCGAUACUCUCGAGGCCAUCAUCGACAAGCUCAGGGACGAGAAAGAGGCGCUUGAGCUCGAGCUGAGCGAUGAAAGGGUCAAGUGGCUGGGCAUCCGGAGCCCGAGCGUGGCGGCGGGCGCGACUAUGGCGCCAGAUCAGGGCGCAACGAGCAUCAGGAUGCUGAGGGAGGACUUCAGAAAGAUGAUGAGAGACCGCACGGCCGAGGCGCUGAGGGCUUUGAGAUCCGAGCAAGAAGAACGGCGCAAACUCGAGGCCACGGUCCGCCAGCUACGCAAAGAGUCUUCGCUGCCGAAAUCGAAUCUGUCGAAGUCACUCACCCCAGCUUCGGCCUCAGGAUAGACAGAAAGCAACCAGAACACGAUGAUAACGACAACGACUUUUGCAUUUUGCGCGGCGUCUUCAUGAUGCUUGUACCGGUACACACGUAUCGGUUGUACUAUAUAAUACCCCGCUGGUGGCAGCGUCCUGUAGUAAUGUUUGGCUCUGUGCAUGCAUGGACAGAAAUGUAGAUAGAUGUAGUGACUUAGCCGGUAUGGCGACGUUAAGAAGC